CCCUAUCUUUGGUAUAUAAAGUCUAGUUAACGAUAAGGUUUAAAUGAGGUCAUGCACGUGGUUGGAGCCUUUGCCGCCGCAGAGGAUGUGCUGCUCGAUUGCCCACGACAGAAUGAUCGUCAGGACAAAUGCUGCGAUUUCCAAGUACAACGAGUACCCGUACGUGGCGUCCGCAUAUCGCAGCUGCGUGAACUGGCUGAACACCAAAAACGACAGCACAACCGAGAACAUGGACGACAAGAUCGUGAGAAACCGCGUCAUCUGGACCAUGCAACUGCGGUUGUCACAGCAACUUACACCAAAGAUCAGAAUCACGAACGACAGGAACAGGCACAGCGGACUGCCCAGCGUCAUGGCCAGCACCGCCUUGCCUGAGUCGGAACACGUCUUGUCCAGGAAGUUCUUCAUCGCGUCCUUGCGCAGACCCGCCAUGAUGCCCAGCGCCCCCGCGGCGCGGUCAUUGUCGACGGCGUAGUGGUCGCAGAUGCUGACCGUGUACUUGUCAAACUUGAGCUGGCCGUCGAAGCGAGCAAUUGUGCGCUCGAGGGGGUUGUAGUACCCGUAGCAGUCGUUGAUGUUGUAGUUGAACGCUGUGUUGGUGCCCUUGACCAACGUCGCAGUGUUAUCCCACUUGACGUCGAAGCACAUGAGCAUCACGCCAAACCCAGUGUCAGCACUCUUCACGACGCCGUUGUACGACGCAUCCACCGCCGAGUUCGACACCCAUUUCGGCGUCAGCAGCGCCGUGAACGCACAUGCUAGUGCGAGGAAGUUGAGCGCAAUCGCCAGCCCACCGUACCCGCUGCAGCCCAUCGCAAAGUAUAGUUUUGAAGUGCACCUUAUUACACAACUGUCGACCUUCCUUUGCGAUUG